GCAAUUUUUUUAAACCAAGGCCCAUGUAGCAUUUGACCACAUUCAUAUUACUGAUUAUUCUUCUCUCCUUUUUGUUCUCUUCUCACAGUGUCCUCCAUGUUAACUGAGACUAAACAAUACUUUACACUUUACAAUACACUGGAGGAUCAGAAAGCUUACAUGGAGAAAGAAGUUGGAAUAUUGACUUCAAUUCAUGAGAAAUUUGAUUUAGCAAUGAGUUCUGAUAAGAAUAAGGAGUUGUUCUUACAGCAAGUCCAGCAGAUAUUGGAUGGUAUCAAGCAAGACAAGGAGCAGUUGGGUCAGAGAUGUGUCGAGGAGAGGAAAGAGAAAGAUCGGCUUACAACCAUCCAUCUUGAUCUCAUUGACAAGCAGAGGAAGUAUUACAAAACUGUUAAAGACUUUCAAGAAGAGUGUCGCAAAAAUGAAACGCUGUUGUCAAAAAUUAAAACUAAAAAUCGCUAGACCUCGUGAUAAUUUAAGGGCUAGAAAUACAAUAUAAAAUUGCUGUUGUGUGUUACUUUAGUUAUUGAUAAGGAUUGUAUCAAUUGAAUAUUUUUAAACGAA